AUGUUCCACUGUUUCACCAGCGGGAAGACAGACGAGCUGAAGACCUUCAUUGUCCUGGAGGAGUUGGACCUGGAGAAGUACAACACAUCAGAGGAGGGACGAAGGAGACUGAUCCCAGCUGUGAGGAACUGCAGGAAGUUUAGACUUUAUGGCUGUUGCCUCUCUGCCCCUGAGUGUGAAGUGAUCUCCUCAGCUCUGAAGUCUGACCCCUCCCAUCUGAAACAUCUGGACCUGAGUCACAACACCCUGGAUGAUUCAUCAGUGAAGAUUCUGUGUGCUGGACUGGAGAGUCCAAACUGUCAACUGGAGACUCUGAGGUUGUUGAGCUGCAGUUUGUCAAAGAUCAGCUGUUCUUCUCUGGCCUCAGCUCUGAAUUCCAACCCCUCCCACCUGAAGGAGCUCGACCUACGUUCCAACCAGCUGCAGGCUCCAGAUGUGCAGCAGCUGGUUGAUCUCCAGCAGAGUCCAGACUGCAGCCUGCAGACUCUGAGCUGGAGGCAACAGCAGAGUCAGUGCUGUGUGUCCUGAAGAUCUACUGAGGAGAGCACAGCGUCAUCCAGCAUCGAGUGACAGAGGAACCACCUAGGGCCCAGUAUUUCAAACAUAACCCACCAGGAUUAAUCCUGGUGGAUUGGAUUAAAC